AUGAUCUUCCCCGGAUUAACAGCCCGGCCUGCGUGUUCUCGGCUGUUCGCUGCUGACCUCACUUUAGCACUGUCUGCUGUUGGCGGCAGGAAAACCAAGGCGCUGGAGACAAGGAAGCUGGAAGGCCAAGGGGCUGGAGGACAGUCGGUGAUCCAUACCGGCCCCCCGAUUAUGGUGACUCUGGCCAACAAGACCAUUUCGUUUGGCUGCAAAAUCACCUACCCAUACACCCCGGAAUACAAGAGCUUCAAAAUCAGCUACUUCUACGUAGACCGCGAGACCCACAUUGUCUUUGAGAAGCCUAUCACCUGCCAACCCAGCAAGGGCAAGGAGAACCAGACCCAUAGAGUGGAGUGCCCUGUCACCCCCCAACUGCAGAAUGCGUCAGCCACUGGCACCUACUACUGCCGUGUCCAAUGGCCAAGCAUCACCAUGGCCGGCAAUGGCACCUUCAUCUUGGUCCGAGACUCAGGGUAUCGAGAGCCCCGGCCGGGCUCCCAGAAGGCUCUGCUCCUUGGCUUCACUGGCCUCCUGACCGCCCUGAGUGUCCUGGGCACAGCACUGCUGGUGUGGAAGAAGAAACAGAUGCAGGUCCCAGCAAAGCAGCUGGCCAGCAGCUCCAAGCAGUCGCCGCGUGAAUCCGUCUACACGGCCCUGCAGCGCCGUGAGACAGAGGUCUAUGCCUUCAUCAAGAGCGAGGCCAACAGCCCACCCUCCGAAAGGAGCCCUCUCUCCCAGGAGGAGCUGUACAGAUCUAAAGAGGAAGAAGAGUUCGGCCUUGUCUAUGAGAAUCUCUAG